AUGUUGAAACUUCCUUCCUUGGACUUGCAUCCUGACUACUUUGAUUUCGAGGACCACAACAAUAUUCCGACUCAUAGGUACAAGUUACUCAAGACAUGCCGAAAGAACUCCUCCUACUUUGAUGGGGAGAUUCUUACCAUUGGGGUGGAUUCGUCAUGGAGAACUACCCUCCAUGACAAGAAUCCGCCCAUUUCAUCUGAACACACAAUCAAAUCUCUGAGUGCGUGUUUAGAUGGUGUUCUUUGCUGGACGGACGACAAUGGUCUUGAAAUCGGGGCUUUUGAUCUGGCAAAGGAGAAGUUCAUUCGCAUUCCCUCACCGUUACGGGCUGGAGAAGGUGUGAGUUAUAAAGCUACUAGGUAUUACAACCACAAACCAUACAUGAUGCUAGCGAAUUUCGGGCCUAGCAUAGUUGUAACAAAACCUAAAGGGGACGACGACUUUGAAAAACAGCAAAUUCUACGUUAUGAGAGGAGCGGAGGAGGAAAUUGGGUUGACGUUGUACCGGAGUUAAAUCUCGCGGACGGAGAUAAAGUUGCUUCUUCAUUUCCUAAGUACUGCAAAGAUUUUUAUCCCACCGCUUUAGGUAUACUUCCCAAUGGAAAAGUGAUGCUAAUGCGGGCUGAAGACCAGAAAAGUGCAUCCUUUUACAGUUUAAGAUUGGACUUCUUGUGGCCGAAUCAUGAAGAAAUUAGGCUUCCGUCUGAUCAUCAGCGGAUCCCGGAUGAUUCUGUCCGGAAAAUCCUAACACGGCUUCCAGUGAAGUCCCUGAUGAUAUUCAAAUGCGUGUCUCCAAAUUGGCUAUCAAUGAUUGAAGAUCCAUCCUUCACCAAGUCCUACACGGGUGGUUCCCGAGGUGGAGUACUUUGCUGGAUGGACUGCAAUGGUCUCAAAAUCACGGCUUUUGAUCUUGCUAAGGAGAAGUUUACCCACAUUCCCUCGCCUUUUGGGCGUGGAGAAGGUUUAUAUUAUAAUGCAAGGCAUCACAACAACAAGCCUUUUAUGAAGCUAGCGAAUUUCGGACCCAGCAUAGCUGUGACAAAACCUAUUGGUGACAACUUGGAAGAACAUCAAAUCCUACGUUAUAAUAUUAGUGGUGGUGAUCAUGGUACAGAUGAGAAUGGAGGAGGAGGAGGAGUGUGGGUUGACGUUGUACCAGAACUGCAGCCAGCAAAUCGACCUGAAAAUUCAUCGUUUGCUUUGUAUGAUGAUGGAUUUCAACCAGUUGCUUUGGGUAUACUUCCUGAUGGAAAGAUGCUAAUGCGCCUUGGUGAUUACCAUGGUUUUUCAAACGGGCUUGACUUUUUGAAUCUAUCCAAUAGGGAGGAGUUGCAAAGAAUUGGGAUUAAUACAUCUUUUCUUAAUGAUGUGCCUAAAAGGAAGGUGGAAAUGCCUGGGAUUGAUCAUUCUGCCUGUGAAGGGAUUGAUGAGAGAGCAAAAUCUGAUAUCUUUGAAGGAGGCUAG